AUGAAGCUACCGAUCCUCAUUGGAAUCCCCCUUCUGCUCCUUUUCGCUCAAGUGGUGUACCCUGCGGCGAUUGUGGUCAAACGGUCGACUGAUGCCGAAAGAAACCAAUUAGUGGAUCAAGUUAACGAACUCCGUGCGCAAAUGGCAACAGCUGCCAAGAUCUCGAACAUGCACGAAUUGAGUUAUGAUAUGGAUCUCGAGAGACAAGCCGAGGCGAUCAAUUGCGAUGCUCCACCGACUGGUUCUUUCAUGGUUGCUGUUGAACCGUCGCCGGAAAUGGCAGCCCAACUCGAGAAACUAUCACAAGAACAACAGGGACAGAUUGAACAUGCAAUGAUGGACAAUGCACUCAAAGCCUUUUUCGGUCCAAAACAAACUCGAAUUGGAUGUGCACAACUCAAUCUGGAUUGUCUUUCAUCUGCAUGUUUGAUUGGUCCCCAUAGCAGUGUUUCGGAGAGUGAUGCCAUUAAAGGAGAACCCGGAUCAAACUGUCCGAAUGGGAAGACGUCGAAUGGAUUGUGUAGAGCAAGUGGAUAUAACUGGAGAAAAUAUUUCAAAGGAGUCAGAAAGGCAAGACAAAUUGGUUCAGAGUGGUGA